AUGUCGAACCUUUUGAAUCAUGAUUUCGGCUCCGAUGAGGAGGAGGAUGAUUUCAAUCCCCUUGCUGCGGACGAUUCCGAUGACGAUUCCAAGCCAGUAGUAAAAGCCGAUCGGCCUAGCGGGAAUGCUGUGAAUGAGGAAGAUGAGGACGAAGCUCAAAAUAGCGAAGAUGACGAUGAUGACGAGGAAGAGGAAGAGGAAGAAGAAGAGGAAGAAGAGGCAGUGGCUCGUCCGCACAAGCGCAGAAGAGGCGGUCUUAAUCAUUUCUUCGAUGAAGAGGCUGGUGUCGAUGCAGAUGAGGAGGAAGCAGAGGAGGAUGAGGAUGAACUCGCUGAGUUCGGCACAGAAAUGCAUCCCGACGACCUCGACGCAUUGCCCGCCGGCGCUGAGACAGACGACCGCCGCCACAGACAACUCGAUCGGCAACGUGAGCUCGAUGCGACAAUGGAUGCAGAGAAGCAGGCGCAGAUGCUGAAGGAACGUUAUGGCCGGAACCGCGCCGCUGCAACGGAUACCCUUGUGGUCCCCAAGCGACUGCUUCUUCCCAGCGUUGAGGACCCCAGCAUUUGGGGAGGUCGGUGCAAGCCCGGCAAGGAACGCGAGGUAGUCUACUCUAUUCAAAAACGGAUUGAAGAGCGCCCCCCAGGCUCCCGCAACCCGAUUCGCAUCAUUUCGGCCUUCGAGCGAGGAAACAUCAUGCAAGGUUGGUUCUACUGUGAGGCACGCCGACAAGCCGAUGUUACCGAGGGCCUGGAAGCUAUCAACUUCUACUAUCCAUCCCAGAAAUUGACCUUGGUUCCCGUCAAGGAGAUGCCUGAUCUUCUGAGAGUCCAAAAGUCAGAGGACCUUAACCCUGGUGGAUGGGUCCGUAUCAAGCGUGGCAAGUACCAAGGUGAUCUAGCCCAAAUUGAGGAGGUCGAGACCAAUGGCCUCAACGUGACCGUCCGACUUGUGCCUCGACUGGAUUACGGUAUGAAUGAAGAUGCUGCUGCGAUUGUUGACCCCAAGCGCAAGCGUGGUGGUGCGAGUGCCGUCCGCCCCCCACAACGCUUGUUCAGCGAGUCUGAGGCCAAGAAGAAGCACGCAAAAUACCUCUCGUCUACCUCAGGCUUGGGUGGUAAGUCGUGGAAUUACCUUAAUGACAACUACAUUGAUGGGUUCCUCGUCAAGGACAUGCGAGUCCAGCAUUUGGUCGCUAAGAAUGUGAACCCGCGACUGGAGGAGGUGACCAUGUUUGCCCGUGGAGGAGAGGAUGGCACUGCGAACCUGGAUCUGGCGUCAUUGGCUGAAACAUUGAAGAACUCGACUGCUGAAGAGGCAUACCAGCCCGGUGACCCUGUGGAAGUGUACCGUGGUGAACAGCAAGGCCUGAUUGGUCGCACGGUCUCAACUCGGGGCGAAAUUGUUUCAUUACAAGUCACUGAGGGAGAUCUAGCUGGUCAAACGAUCGAUGCUCCCGUCCGAACUCUUCGCAAGCGUUUCAGAGAAGGAGAUCACGUCAAGGUGAUUGGAGGCAGUCGUUACCAGAAUGAACUGGGUAUGGUGGUCCAAGUCAAGGACGACACUGUCACCCUGCUCAGCGAUAUGAGCAUGCAAGAGAUUACCGUUUUUAGCAAAGAUCUUCGUCUCUCUGCUGAGAUGGCUGCUGAUGGUCAACUUGGCAUUUAUGAUGUUCAUGACCUUGUGCAGCUUGAUGCUGCCACCGUGGCUUGUGUUAUCAAGGUUGACCGCGAAUCCCUUCGUGUUGUGGAUCAGAACGGCUCUGUUCGCAAUGUGCUUCCUACCCAGAUCGCCAAUAAGAUCACCCCUCGUCGUGAUGCUGUCGCGACAGACCGCAAUGGCGCCGAAAUUCGACACGGUGAUACCGUUCGUGAAGUUUAUGGCGAACAGAGAACUGGUGCUAUUCGCCACAUCCACCGCUCGUAUCUUUUCCUGCACAACAAGGCUCAAGCUGAGAAUGCAGGCAUCUCUGUGGUGCGGACAACAAACGUUGUCACUGUUUCUGCCCGGGGUGGCCGCCCUACCGGACCGGAUCUGACCAAGAUGAACCCUGCCAUGGCGAUGCAAAUGCAAGGGCCCGGCGCCGGCCGUGGCGGUGCGAUGCCGCCUCCCCAACGUGGCCGCGACAGAUUAAUCGGUAAGACUGUGACAAUCCGUAAGGGCCGCUACAAGGGUCUAGUCGGUAUUGUUCGCGACUCCGAUGAUGCCACUGCCCAAGUUGAGCUUUACACAUCAAACAAGCCUGUUCUUAUUCCGAGAGAUAUUCUGACCCCGAAGGAUCCAAUUUCCAAACAGCCAUUAGACGUGGGUCGUGGAAGAGGAGGAUCGCGUGUCCCACAGGGAGGUGCCCCUGGAUGGCAAGGUGGUCGUACUCCCAUGGCUGCCGAUUCUUCCAGGACACCGGCUUGGGGAGGUGCAACAUCCGCACGCACUCCGGCCUGGGGAGGAGGUGGUAUGGGUGGUUCUCGUACGCCUGCCUGGAAGAACGACGGGAAUCAGACUGCCUACGGAGACGGAAGUCGCACCGCUUAUGGUGAUGGAAACCGUACUGCCUACGGUGGUAUGGGUAACAGAACUCCAGCAUGGAAUUCUGGAUCCCGCACCCCUUACGGUGGCGCCGGUUCCGGUUCCGGCUCCAGUUAUGAUGCCUUUGCUUCUGGAUCUCGUACCCCAGCCUGGGGAACCGCAGGAGCCAGCGCCGGUGCCGGCACCGGCAACCGUACUCCAGCUUGGGGUGGCUUGUCCAACAGCCGUGACCAACGUGACUAUGAUGAUGCCCCUACACCCGGUGGUUACUCUGCACCAACUCCUGGUGCCUAUGCCGCUCCUACACCUGGUGCAUCUGCACCAACUCCGGGCGCUUGGGCCGACAAUGCUCCCACACCUGGUGGGGCUUUCAGCGCCCCUACUCCAGGCGACAUACCCAAGCGUGGCUACGAAGCCCCCACUCCUGCUGCAUACGAUGCUCCAACCCCGGCCAUGGGAGGCGCCGCCGCUACGCCUGGUGCAGGCUACGGCGAUGACGAUGCCGGACCACGUUAUGAUGAUGGUACCCCCAGUCCGUAA